CGCAGGCGCGGAGCGGGCGGGGGCGAUGUCGCGCCGGGCCCUGAGGCGGCUGCGGGGGGAGCAGCGGGGCCAGGAGGGGCCGGGGCUGGGCGAGCUCGGCCUCGGCCUCGACCCCGGCCCGGAGCGCGUCCGUGAAGGGGGGCCGCCGCCAGCCCCCGGGAAGGGGCCCCGCGGGCCGGCCCGCGCCGCCGUCAGCAACCGCUUCGAGCUGAUCCCAGCUGAGGAGUCGGAGGAUGAAGCAGCGGCCGGAGAGGAGCGGCCAGACACACGGCUGAGCGAGCAGGACCCGGCGGGAGGGAGCCCCGAGGGCAGCAGGGACAGGAGCAAGGAGGGGACUGGGACCCCUUCAGAGACAGACCAUGAUGGACAGAGAGAGGGACAGGAGGCUGAGCAGCCAGACAGAACGGUGCCAACGAGUAACAAGCCACGGAAGAAAAAAAAGAAAAGGAAAACCAAGAAAAAUUCAGCAGGAGAGACUGUGGAAGACAACGACCUGGAGGACAUUGACAGCCUUCUGGAGAGGAUCGAGGACCCCAGGCUGGCCCCGCAGAGCCAGGGCGGGGUCACCACUGACAGCCGGCCCCUGCUCUACGUGGAGCACAGAAACUUGAAUCCAGAGAAUGAGUUGAAGAGAUACUUUGGGGCUCGUGCUGUGCUUGGGGACCAGAGGCCGAGGCAGAGGCAGCGGCAGUACGUCCGCAGCAUGUGGCUGACAGCUCCCAAGAACACCUGGCCACGCUACAGCAAGACAGGUAUCACCAUGCAGCUGCUGGACACCCGGAGGGGGGUGCAGCACUUCACCUUUGAGCACCACCGUGAGUACCAGCAGGUGCAGUUCAAGUUCCUGGACGCUGUGGAGUCCAUGGACCCCAACAACAUCGUGCUGCUGCUCCAGAUGAACCCCUACCACGUGGACUCCCUGCUGCAGCUCAGCGACGUGUGCCGCAUGCAGGAGGACCAGGAGAUGGCCCGGGAUCUCAUAGAGCGGGCACUGUACAGCCUGGAGUGCGCCUUCCACCCCGUGUUCAGCCUCACCAGCGGGACCUGCAGGCUGGACUACCGGCGCCCAGAGAACAGGGCUUUCUUCCUGGCUCUCUUCAAGCACCUGAUGUUCCUGGAGAAGAGGGGCUGUCCCCGCACAGCCCUGGAGUUCUGCAAGCUCAUUCUGAGCCUUGAUCCUGAGGAUGACCCUCUCUGUGUGCUGCUGCUGAUCGACUUCCUGUCCCUGCGGGCCAGGGAAUACACCUUCCUGACCCGCCUCUUCCAGGAGUGGGAGAGUCACCGGAAUCUGUCCCAGCUGCCCAAUUUUGCCUUCUCGGUGCCACUGGCCUAUUUCUUCCUGAGCCAGCAGGAAGAGCGCCCGGAGCUGGAGCGGAGCCAGGCCCGGGAGCGAGCGGCCCGGCUCAUCCAGCUCGCGCUCAUCAUGUUCCCAAGCGUUCUGAUGCCGCUGUUGGAUCACUGCAGCGUGCAGCCUGACGCCAGGGUCGCCUCCCACCCCUUCUUUGGGCUGAAUGCCCAGAUCAGCCAGUCGCCCGCCCUGAACCAGCUGACAUCCCUGUACGUGGGCAGGACACACGCCCUGUGGAAGGACCCAGCUGUCAUGGCCUGGCUGGAGCCCCACGUCCACGAGGUUCUGCGCAUGGUGGACGCCCGGGACGCGCUGGUGCAGGAGGCCGAGCACAAGAGGAAGAUCCGGUACCAGAGCGCUCCCAGGAACAUCUACCGGCACAUCAUCCUCUCGGAGAUGAAGGAGGCCACAGCAGCCCUGCCUCUGGAGGUGACCUCCCAGCCAGUGAUGGGGUUCGACCCCCUCCCUCCUCUGGAUUCCAUUGUUUCCUACACCCGCCCAGAAAGGACGAGCCAUCCCUCCAAUGAAAGCACUUUAUCCCUCUUCUUCCGCUCGCUGUUGCCAAAUUUUAACUUGCAGGGGGACAUCCGGCACGACGGGGACGACGAGGCCGGGGCAGCGCAGGACCUCAACCAGGGGGUGAACCGGCUGAUGGCGGCCAUGCGGGACAUGCUGGCCAACAUCCAGUUCCAGGAGCCCCCCCGCGAGGACAAUCCCGAGGGCGACGGCGACUGGGAUUGAGCCGGGGUGUCCCUCCCUCCCCAGACCCUCUGGCAUCACCCCCGAUUUGUGUUGCACUCCAAUAAAGUCACACAAAUGGA